AUGAUUGAAGACGAUAUCUACCGUACUUCGUCUCAGUAUCGACUCUGGUCUUACACCAAUUCCUCCUUACAAUCACUUCGGGCCACCACGAAUGCUGCAGCCAGUGAGCGUGUGCGAGCGGCCCUGCGUAGGACACGGGAGACUCAUCCAUCGGCCGUGUCCUCUGCAGCUGGCACACCGCAGCCGGGCAGUGAUGCAGAUGGCAAAAGCAGUGAUGAAAAGCCCAUUGAGUGUCUGACACCAGAGGAAGAGCUAGUACUAGUGCGGUAUUAUUGUGAGAAGACGCUGGAGCUCGGAGAGACAUACAAGCCACCGCUCCCAACAAUGGUUCGAGCUACCGCAAUCCAAUACCUCCGCCGCUUCUACUUAACAAACUCGCCCAUGACAUACCACCCAAAGUCAAUCAUGGCGUGUGCGCUGUUCCUUGCGACCAAAACCGAUAACUACUAUAUGUCGCUUCGGCAAUUUGCAGAUGGUAUUCCAGGGGAUACCACGACAGAUGAUGUUAUUACGCCAGAGUUUCUGCUCAUGCAGGGACUCCGGUUCACCUUUGAUGUGCGGCAUCCGUUCCGAGGACUCGAGGGCGGCAUCAUGGAACUUCAGGCUAUUGCACAUGGUCAAGGUCAAGCCGCCCCUCAUCUACCGCAUGAGACUUCGGAAGACCUGCAACAGGGUUUAAUGUCCAUUGCACCUCCUCCUGUCCCAUCAUCAUCGAUGUCCGAUCGCAUCGCCCGAGCCCACGGCACAACUCGUGAGCUGCUGAAAACCGCGGCACAAAUGACUGAUGUAUACUUUCUCUACACGCCGUCUCAAAUCUGGCUUUCCGCUUUUCUCAUCGCCGAUCGUCCCUUGGCUGAAUUUCUUCUGGACGUCAAACUCGGUGGGCCCGUCACACCCGCAACAGCUACUCCUGAUACAAGCCAAAAUGGUCUUCAAAAUCCUUUGUAUGAGAUCCGGUGCAAGCUCCAUCGCGUCCUGACUGAAUGCACUGCUUUCCUUCAGUCUUAUACAACACUGUCCUCUGAUCCAGCUCAAAUGAAGAGUCUAAAGCGCAUCGCAAAGAAACUAUACCAUUGCCAAAACCCCGAAAAGGCAAAUUUGGCGGCUCAGAAACGCGAAUCGGCACAACCAUCUACUGCUGUGCCUAGCGAAUCUGGGAUGGCCAAUUCCGAGAGUGAAUCAGAACGUCUGGCGAAGAAGCGGAAGUUGGAACAGGAACAAAAGUCUCGCGAGAGCAAUGAUGUCUUCGGUCCAGAGCUGGUCACUCAACGGACGAAAGAGCAGUAA